UGUUUGAGGGCCUGUCCAGAAUUACGAAAAAGUCAUCUACAAUCUUAUCCCAUUAUAAGCUCUAGUAGCAAAGGUCCUAUUGUCUAUAUCCGCCUUCUGAAAAUAAUCGGAAAGAAACAAAGAAAAAUGGAGGAGAAAAACAAUAGUUGCAUCAUUCUGUAUCCUUCUCCUGGAAUUGGGCACUUGAUAGCUAUGGUGGAACUUGCAAAGCUAGUUCUGUGUCGAUAUCCUGAUUCCUUCUCUGAAUUUAUCAUUCUCAUGACAACCGCACCACAUCUCAACACUGCCACCACCGCUCCUUACACGAGCCAUGUUUCUGCCACCACGCCUUCCAUCACUUUCUACCAUCUCCCCACCACACCUCUCCCAUCAAACUAUGUCGCUUCUGUUGAAGGCCUCAACUUUGACCUCCAAAGCUUCAACAAUCCCAACGUUCGCCAAGCCCUUGAAACUAUAUCCUCCAAAGCUCAUGUGAAAGCUUUCGUUAUGGACAUGUUUUGUAGCUCAGCUUCCGAUGUUGCAUCAGCAAUUAACAUUCCCACUUAUUACUUCUUCACAUCAGCAGCCGCUAGUCUUUCAAUACUACUUUAUCUGCCAACUCUUCACCAAAAGAAUACCACAUCUUUUAAAGAUCUUAAUGCUUUUAUUCAGUUUCCUGGCAUACCGCCUAUCUUUUCAUCCGACAUGUCUAAUCCCCUCCUAGACCGAAAUUCCAUGGAGUACAAAUACUUUAUGGAACUAGCAGCCCAGAUGGCUAAAUCUGAUGGAAUUAUUAUAAAUACAUUCCACAGUUUAGAACCAAGAGCCAUAACAGCUAUUUCUGAUGGGCUUUGCACUCCCAACUCCCCUAUUCCUCCUAUAUAUUGUAUAGGACCUUUAAUUGCUGAAAAACAGACCAACAGUAAGGAGAACGAGUGCUUAGUAUGGCUCAAUUCUCAACCUAGUAAAAGCGUGAUAUUUCUGUGCUUUGGAAGCAUGGGUGUUUUUUGUGAAGAGCAACUAGAAGAGAUUGCUGUGGGAUUAGAAAAGAGUGGUCAUAGAUUUUUGUGGGUUGUUAAAACUCCACCACCCAAAGAAUGUAAUGAAAGCAAUACUAGCAUUUUAGGACUACAAGGGCCUGAUCUAAGUAGACUCUUGCCGCAAGGUUUCUUGGAGAGAACCAAAGGGAGGGGACUUGUUGUCAAGUCAUGGGCACCGCAGGUUGCUGUGCUAAGUCAUGACUCAGUUGGUGGGUUCGUGACUCAUUGUGGAUGGAAUUCGAUCUUGGAAGGGGUGUGUGCUCGCGUACCAAUGAUUGGGUGGCCGUUGUACGCUGAGCAAAGGAUUAACAGGGUGAUUUUGGUGGAAGAGCUUAAGGCGGGUUUGGGGUUGGAAGAGUCUAAUGGAGAAAGGUACGUGAGUGGUGCUGAGAUAGAAAAGCGAGUUAGAGAAUUGAUGGACUCGGAUAACGGGGAAAGGGUGAGGCACCGAGUUAGGGAAUUGGGUGAUGCUGCUAAGGUAGCCCUGACUGAUGAGAAUGGGACAUCACUGGUGGCAUUAGCCAGAUUGAUUACCAAGUGGAAGGAGACGAGGAGCAGUUGAGAGCAGUGGAGGUGCAUGAAUGAAAUUGGGAUAAGGUGCAGACUUGCAUUCUAUUGUCAAUGUCGUACCCUGGUUAUUUCGAAAUGUAUAAUUUGAUGCCGUUUCUGGAUAUUGUUCUUUCGAAAUUAAAAAGGGAUUCAACUGGGAUUUUGAUAGAUUAUUUUUAGUUUAUGAAUUUUAAUGAAUUGGAUUUGAUCUUAA